GGAAGUAGUUUCCUACACGGACCUAUUUCACUGAAGGCACACAGGUGUCAUCAUACGAUGUUUGCUGUUAGCGUCAUUUACGCAAACUCUAGUAAAGAACUGAACCAGUAAUUUAACUUCUUCCACCGCCGCUUAUCUGAGCGGCUGUUUGCUUUUCAAAGGAUAAGUCCAGCUGCGUGUGAGCUGUCUCAAACGCCGCGCUAUCGUUUGAAGCUCUGUGCUAAUCGUUAGCUAAGUGCUAACAACAGUAACAUUGACGGCAACCAACUUGCAUGCGUCCACCGUUGCUGUCAUUUCAAGAGGCAACGGAUCAACCGAGAUCACUGACAGGCAAUCCCAGCAGACAUCAUGGAGCUCCAGGCAGUGUUGAUGGCGGCUGGUGGGGGUUCUCGUAUGACUGAUCUGACAUACAACACCCCCAAAGCAAUGCUGCCAGUCGGCAACAAGCCCCUUAUGUGGUACCCGCUGAACUUGCUCGAGAGGGUGGGGUUUGAGGAAGUGAUAGUGAUCACCACCAAAGAGGUCCAGAAGAUGAUGAGCACAGAUCCUAAAAUGAAGUUGGACGUGAAGAUGAAGCUGGAUGUGGUUUGUAUCCAGGAAGAUGGAGACAUGGGCACCGCCGAUGCUCUCAGACACAUCCAGGCAAAGAUCAAGACUGACAUCCUGGUGGUGAGUUGUGACUUGAUAACGGACGUGGCACUUCACGAGGUGGUUGAUCUGUUCAGAGCCCACAAUGCAACACUGGCCAUGUUGAUGAGCAAAGCCCAUGAAUUCACAGAGACAGUCCCAGGCCAGAAGGGCAAGAAAAAGACAGCUGAGCAGAGAGACUUUGUGGGAGUGGAUCAGUCGGGGAAAAGGCUGCUGUUCAUGGCCAAUGAGGCCGAUCUGGAGGACGGGCUAUCAAUUAGAAAGUCUAUCCUGAGGAAGCAUCCCAGGAUGCACAUCAAAACAGGCCUCGUGGAUGCUCACCUCUACUGCCUGAAAAAAGCAGUGGUGGACUUUCUCGCAGACAACAAGUCCAUCUCAUCAAUCCGUGGUGAAUUAGUGCCGCAUCUGGUGCGGAAGCAGUUUUCCAAGACAACCAGCAGUCAGAAAAUCAAAGACGAUGGAGAGGAUCAGAACCAGAAAAAGGGCAGCAGCUCUACAAACCACGAGCUCCUCAUCUCAUCUCGAGACGAGCGUCUUCUCCAGCUGGCCCAGGAGCGCUCCUGCUGGAACGACCACCGAGGUGACAUGAACGAGGCUUACCAUGGAGGGAAGCUCCGCUGCUACGUCCACAUUAUGGACGAGGGCCUUUGCUACCGCGUCAACACGUUAGCUGCUUACAUAGAAGCAAACCGACUGGCCCCAAAGCUGUUUGAGGAGCCAGCAGUCCACCCAUCUGCUGUUAUUUCUGAGAGAUGUCAGAUGGGAUCAGACAGUAUCAUCGGAGCACUGUGCCAGGUAGCAGAUAAGACUUCAAUUAAGAGGUCCACCAUCGGUAACGCCACCACUGUCAAAGAGAAGGUCAAAGUCACCAACUCCAUCAUCAUGCAUGGAGUUACCAUCGAGGAAGGGUGUAACAUCCAGGGCAGCGUGAUCUGCAGUAAUGCCGUCAUUGGCCGUGGAGCAGACCUCAAAUACUGUCUGGUGGGGAAUGGACAACGGAUCGAACCAGAGGCUGAGAGGACGAAUGAAGUCAUCGUUGGAACGGAUCAGCUGAUGGAGAUCUAGUCGACAUGGGGAAGUAGUUUCAUCGCCUCAUUAACCAAUCAGAGACAGAAAACAACUAAUUCACCUACUGACUGACCAGUCAGGCUGGCUGCUGCUUGACAGUUCUACACUCACUUCUUCUCAUAAGCCGUUUUGUACAUUGUGUCCAAAUAAAGACAAGUGCUUCAACCCAUGA